AUGCCCGGCCCAAUUCGCGGUAGCGAUAGCAACGGAAAUGGCGGCAACAACCGCUACCAACCCUACUAUUUUGGCUCUUCGAACGUCCCGCUGCCUCUACGUCCUCGCCUUGAUGGUACUCUCCCCAUUGCCCGCGCCGCCCCUCCUGCCCGGCCUGACCCCACCAAGCGUUGGGACAAACUCAAGAAUUUUAUGCCAAAGGCCAGACAUUUGCAAACGUCCUUGAGAGAGAUUAUGGACAUCGCUACGGAUGCUGCAAUCAGGAGAAAGCCUCCGGUGGACUUUUUCGAGAGUCUCGGUCACGGCGAUGGUCUCAUCACCGCCGACGCUACGUUGCAUUUCCUCCGGAGUGUUCGGGAGAGUCAUCCUCUCUCGAGAAGACUGAGCUCUUCGACGUUCGCCGAGUUAUUUGCCGAAAUUGUCAAAGCCCGCGAAGCUUAUCUCGCGGAUCAUGAGGAGGGAGGUACCGACCGGUAUCCAGUUUCCCCUUUGGUGCAGGCGGUGGACAGAUUUCUUACGGUAGCGUGGUUUUGGGAUGGAAUGGAUAUUCUUGUCAAGAUGGAAUCGGAGCAUGCGGAACUUGACGACGACAACGAUGAAACCACAGAGGAGCAAGAAGAGAUCGACUCUGACGGUGAGGACACUCCCGUUACUGGUGCCGCCGCAGUGUCUUCACUGGUCGCAGACUUUGAUGGCUGCACUAUCUGGACUUUGAGCACCAACAGCUACGUUGACGACGUUGAUCUCUUCGCUGACGUGGAUCCCCUCACCGAUGAAGAGGAAGACGAGGUUAUGGGUGACACACACCACGACCCUUGA